UUAACAUGACGUCAUAAAAAACGAACUUCAAUUCUUAUAGCGUCAUCACCGAUUCUAAAAUAUGGCGGACUUCAUAUUUUUUGCUAUGUAAAAAUGUGGAAAAGAUGAGUUCUUUGCCAUGGAUCACCAUAAUUUUUGUACAUAUAAUACAAAUAGGUCCUACUGGUAUUGAAGCAAGUAAACCUGAUGUCUUAGAGCGGAAGCAUAUUACUCUCAGCACAUGCGCAAAGGCAUGUCUAGAUGAAACAAAGCUAAAGUGCAAAUAUUUCAAGUUUAUAAAGACAAGUGGUACUUGUUAUCUGUCAGCAAAGGACCAUCCAAAUUUUAGUAUACACCCAAAUAACACCACUGCAGCUCCUCCACCUGCUGUGGCAUCAACACCAAAAAAGAAUGGCAAGAUUGUCAAGGUUAAAAAGUUAAUUAAGAACUAUAAGAAUGUCAAGAAAAAAACAGCCAAGUUAAAGGCCAUUUCAGACUAUUUAAACAGAUUGAAACAGGCUGUGAGAAACAAUCAAGCACAAAAGUCCAAGACAACUGAGAGACUGUCAUUAACGUCCUCAAAUCAAGGUUAUGUCCUCGGUGCUCAUAACAAAAUACUGAAAAUUUUGACACAAGAUAUUGCAAGGAUAAACCGUGGCUUUGCCCUGUUGAAGCAGUACCAAAUAAUUUUACGAAGAAAGAUACAUGCAAGUUUGAGGGGAAAACAGUAUGUCAAGAAGCGAUUAAAGGGCUUAAGUCAGAAUACUCAUCGGCUCACAAGGAUCAGCGGAAAACAUGUUAGGCAGAUGAAAAAGCUAUGGAGAAGUAAUGAUAGGUUAUGGAAAAGAGUUUGGCAUAUUAGACAACAGAUGAGGACGCAUGCAGAUAUGGUUCCUGAGGCAACAAGAAAGUAUCUGAUAGCACUUGCACUGUCUGCUAGGAAAUCAAACAUUCUCGGCUACAAGAUAAAUAGAAUCGUGAGAUUUCUCAGUGCAUUGAGGAAGAGUCAGCAUGUGGAUGAGGGGACAAAAAAUAGCGUAGACAGAAAUGUAGCAAAUCUUAGAGGAUCACUUCAAAUGAUGAAAAAGCUUAUGAAAAAUAUGGCAGCACCAAUGAUUGCAGGUAAACCCAAAUCUGAUGUAGCAGUUAAAGUGCUGUUAACAGAACUGGCUGGAAUAAAACAGUUUGAUAAAAAUAUAGUAAAGAGUGUGAGACGGUCUAACUCAGAUGUUUUUAGACUUAUACGAAGACUUAUCGAUGUUCAGAGAAAGUCGUCUCAUUUUCACAGACAGCUACAAAAGCAAAGACAACUUAUAGAGGAAAUGUUAAAGGCAAUGAAACACAUGGCUAAAGCACAGUCAAGAGUGAAAGUUACAAGGCCUGUGGUUAUACCACCAGCUCUGAUAAAAUUACUGAUCGAGAUGAAAUCUUUUCAAUCAGCUUUAGCUAGAAAAGUAUACCACAACCAUUUACUGCUGAGGAAUUAUAAGAGACAUGUUGUAAAUCAUGCAAAUAUUGCAGACACAGUAAACAAAAAACUUGCAACAAUGGAUCAGAAGACGUCAAUGAAACUCCAGCAACAAAUGAUGCAGUUAAAGAACCUGAUGAGAAAGGCGUCAGAGAAAAUUGCAUUAAGUGUAAAAGAGAAAGCACAAGUAUUGUAUGUAAUGAAACAAAAAAAUAUGGAAUCCAAAUUAAGAAGGAUGAAGAGAGGAUCAGGAAAGAUGUAUCGCUUGACCAGAAACAUGUUCAAAAGAUUAAAGAAGGAACAAGUUAAAGAAAAACAAUCUGUAAAAUAUCUGGCUAUGAUGAUGAGGAGAAUGAACAGACAAAACAGAAGACUUAUAAGAAAGAAAAUGCGGAGACUUAUCCAAAAGGAAAAAAAAAAAGAAAGAAUACUUUACAAAAAGCAAAAACUUUGGCUAAGGGCCAGACAAAAGAAAGCGGAACAAAGAAGAAGAAAACGUGUAAUGAGAAAACAGAAAAUGUUAAAAAAAAAGGUUAGAAAAGCACAUCUUAGGCAAAGACGUUUGAGAAUGAAACAGCGUAGAGAAAGAAAACGUGCUUUGAGGAGACGUAUAAAAAGAAGGAAAGCAAGAGAAAGAAGAAUUCGCCUUUACAAAAGACAUAUGAGAAUGAAACAACGCAUGUUAAAAAGACGUUUGAUACAACAACGUAGAAAGUGGAAGGCUCAAAAAGCACGCUUACGGAGAAUGAGAAUUAAAGCUAAAAGAGCUCGCUCUAAGAGAAUGAGAAUAAAAGCUAGAAGAGCUCGCUUAAGGAGAAUGAGAAUUACAGCUAGAAGAGCUCGCUUAAGGAGGAUACGCCGGAAGAUGAGGAGGAAGGGUAAAAAAUGGAAAAUGAGAUAUAAAGCUCGCUUAAGAAGAAUGAGAAUCAAAGCUAGAAGAGCUCGCUUAAGGAGAAUGAGAAUGAAAGCAAGAAAAGCUCACUUAAGGAGAAGGAGAAUACAAGCUAGAAAAGCUCGCUUAAGGAGGAAACACAGGAAGGUGACGAGGAAGGAAAGAAAAUUGAGAAUGAGAUAUAAAGUCCGCUUAAGAAGAAUGAGAAUCAAAGCUAGAAGAGCUCGCUUAAGGAGAAUGAGAAUGAAAGCAAGAAAAGCUCGCUUAAGGAGAAUAAGAAUUAAAGCUAGAAGAGCUCGCUUAAGGAGGAUACGCCUGAAGAUGAGGAGGAAGGGUAAGAAAUGGAGAAUGAGAUAUAAAGCUCGUUUAAGAAGAAUGAGAAUCAAAGCUAGAAGAGCUCGCUUGAAGAGAAUGAGAAUGAAAGCAAGAAGAGCUCGCUUAAGGAGAAUGAGAAUAAGAGCUAGAAGAGCUCGCUUAAUGAAAAAACACAGGAAAAUGAGAAGGAGGGGUAAGAAAUUGAAAAUGAGAUAUAAAGCUCGCUUAAGAAGAAUGAAAAUAAAAGCAAGAAGAGCUCGCUUCAGGAGAAUGAGAAUUAAAAAAAGAAAAGCUCACUUAAGGAGAAUGAGAAUACAAGCUAGAAGAGCACGCUUAAGGAGAAGACACAGGAAGAUGAGGAGGAAGGGUAGAAAAUGGAGAUUGAGAUAUAAAGCUCGCUUAAGAAGAAUGAGAAUGAAAGCAAGAAGGGCUCACUUAAGGAGAAUGAGAAUUAAAACAAGAAGAGCUCACUUAAGGAGAAUGAGAAUAAGAGCUAGAAGAGCUCACUUAAGAAGGAUACGUCAGAAGAUGAGUAGGAAGGGUAAGAAAUGGAGAAUGAGAUAUAAAGCUCGCUUAAGAAGAAUGAGGAUCAAAGCUAGAAGAGCUCGCUUAAGGAGAAUGCAAAUUAAAAAAAGAAGAGCUCGCUUGAGGAGAAUGAGAAUACAAGCUAGAAGAGCUCGCUUAAGAAGGAGAAACAGGAAGAUGAGGAGGAGGGGUAGAAAAUGGAGAAUGAGAUAUAAAGCUCGCUUAAGAAGAAUGAGAAUAAAAGCUAGAAGAGCUCGUUUAAGGAGAAUGAGAAUUAAAAAAAGAAGAGCUCGCUUGAGGAGAAUGAGAAUACAAGCUAGAAAAGCUCGCUUAAGGAGGAGACACAGGAAGGUGGCGAGGAGGGGUAAAAAAUGGAGAAUGAAAUAUAAAGCUCGCUUAAGAAGAAUGAGAAUAAAAGCUAGAAGAGCUCGCUUAAGGAGAAUGAGAAAUAAAACAAGAAGAGCUCGCUUAAGGAGAAUGAGAAUACAAGCUAGAAGAGCUCGCUUAAGGAGGAGACACAGAAAGAUGAGGAGGAAAGGUAGAAAAUUGAGAAUGAGAUAUAAAGCUCGCUUAAGAAGAAUGAGAAUAAAAGCUAGAAGGGCUCACUUAAGGAGAAUAAGAAUGAAAGCAAGAAGAGCUAGCUUAAGGAGGAUUAAAGCUAGAAGAGCUCGCUUAAAAAGGAGACAGAGGAAGGUGUUGUUGAAAAGGGGUAGAAAAUUGAGAUUGAGACAUAGAGCUCGCAUAAGAAGAAUGAGAAUUAAAACCAGAAGAGCUCGCUUAAGGAGGAGACACAGAAAGAUGAGGAGAAGGGGGAGAAAAUUGAGAGAAAGAUAUAAAGCUCGCCUAAGGAGAAUGAGAAUAAAAGCUAGAAGAGCUCGCUUAAGGAGAAUGAGAAUUAAAACAAGAAAAGCUCGUUUAAGGAGAAUGAAAAUUAAAGCCAAAAGAGCUAGCUUAAGAAGGAGAAACAGAAAGAUGAGGAGAAGGGGGAAAAAAUGGAGAAUAAGAUAUAAAGCUCGCUUACGGAGAAUGAGAAUAAAAGCUAGAAAAGCUCGCUUAAGAAGAAUGAGAAUUAAAACAAGAAGAGCUCGCUUAAGGAGAAUGAGAAUACAAGCUAGAAGAGCGCGCUGGAGAAGGAAAAACAGGAAAAUUAGGAAGAGGGGUAGAAAAUGGAGAAUGAGAUAUAAAGCUCGCUUAAGAAGAAUAAGAAUUAAAACAAUAAGAGCUCACUUAAGGAGAAAGAGAAUUAAAACUAUAAGAGCUCGCUCAAGAAGAAUGAAAAAAGAAGCUAGAAGAGCACGCUUAAGGAGAAUGAGAAUACAAGCAAGAAGAGCUCGCUUAAGAAGAAAACACAGAAAGAUGACAAGAAGGGGUAGGAAAUUGAGAAUGAGAAAUAAAGCUCACUUAAAAAGAAUGAGAAUAAAAGUUAGAAAGGCUCGCCUAAGGAGAAUAAGAUUGAAAGCAAAGUUAGCUCACUCGAGGAGAAUGAGAAUUGAAGCCAGAAGAGCUCUCUUUAGAAGAUUAAGGAGAAUGAGACUAAAAACAAAAAAAGUUCGCUUAAGAAGGAGACAGAGAAAGAUGAGGAGGAGAGGUAGAAAAUUGAAAAUCAGAAAUAAAGCUCACUUAAGAAAAAUGAGAAUGAAAGUCAGAAAAGCUCGCCUAAGAAGAAUUAAAGCAAGAAGAGCUCACUUAAGGAGUAUGAAAAUGAAAGCAAAAAGAGCUCACUUAAGGAAAAUUAAAGCUUAUAGAGCUCGCAUAAGGAGAAUGAAAAUUAAAGCCAGAAGAGCUCGCUUAAGAAGAUUAAGGAGAAUGAGACUAAAAUCAAAAAAAGCUCGCUUAAGAAGAAUUAAAGCCAGAAGAGCUCGCUUAAGGAAAAUGAAAGCAAAAAGAGCUCACUUAAGGAGAAUUAAAGCUAGUAGAGCUCGCCUAAGGAGAAUGAGAAUCAAAGCCAGAAGAGCUCGCUCAAGAAGAUUAAGGAGAAUGAGACUAAAAUCAAAAAAAGCUCGCUUAAGAAGAAUUAAAGCCAGAAGAGCUCGCUUAAGGAAAAUGAGAAUGAAAGUAAGAAGAGCCCGCUUAAGGAGAAUGAGAUUAAAAGCAAGAAGAGCCCGCUUAAGGAGAAUAAAAGCUAAUAGAGCUCGCUUGAGAAAGAAACAAAGAAAAAUGAGGAAGAGAGUUAAAAAAUUGAGACACAGAAAUAAAGCUCAUUUAAGAAAAAUGAAAAUUAAAGCCAGAAGAGCUCGAUUAAGGAGAAUGAGACUAAAAGCAAAAAAAGCUCGCUUAAGAAGGAGACACAGGAAAAUCAAGAAGAGAGGUAGAAAAUUGAAAAUCAGAAAUAAAGCUCUCUUAAGGAAAAUAAGAAUUAAAGCCAGAAGGGCUCGAUCAAGGAGUUUAAGAAGAAUGAAAAUUAAAGCUAGAAAAGCUCGCUUAAAACAACACAAGAAGAUGAGGAGGAAAGGUAAAAAAUGGAGACUCAAAAAUAAAGCUCUCUUAAAGAGAAUGAGAAUUAAAGCCAAAAAAGCACGCUUAAUGAGAUUAAGGAGAAUGAAAAUUAAAGCUAGAAGAGCUCGCUUAAAACAACACAGGAAGAUGAGGAGGAAAGGAAAAAAAAGGAGACUCAAAAAUAAAGCUCGCUUAAGGAGAAUGAGAAUAAAAGUCAGAAAAGCUCACUUAAGGAGAAUUAAAGCUAAAAGAGCUCAUUUAAGGAGAAUGAAAAUUAAAGCCAGAAGAGCUAAGUUAAGGAGAAUGAGAAUAAAAGCUAGAAGAGCCCGCUUAAAAAUUCACAAGAAGAUGAGAAGAGUUAAAAAAAUGAGACUUCGAAAUAAAGCUCGCUUAAGGAGAAUGAGAAUAAAAGCCAGAAGAGCUCAGUUAAGGAGAAUGAGAAUAAAAGCCAAAAAAGCUCGCUUAAUGAGAUUAAGGAAAAUGAAAAUUAAAGCUAGAAGAGCCCGCUUAAAAAAUCACAAGAAGAUGAGGAGAGCUAAAAAAAGGAGACUUCGAAUUAAAACUCGCUUAAGGAGAAUGAGAAUAAAAGCCAGAAGAGCUCAGUUAAGGAGAAUGAGAAUUAAAGCCAAAAAAGCUCGCUUAAUGAGAUUAAGGAAAAUGAAAACUAAAGCUAGAAGAGCCCGAUUAAAAAAUCACAAGAAGAUGAGGAAAGCUAAAAAAAGGAGACUUCAAAAUAAAGCUCGCUUAAGGAGAAUGAGAAUAAAAGCCAGAAGAGCUAAGUUAAGGAGAAUGAGAAUAAAAGCCAAAAAAGCUCGCUUAAUGAGAUUAAGGAAAAUGAAAAUUAAAGCUAGAAGAGCCCGCUUAAAAAAUCACAAGAAGAUGAGGAGAGCUAAAAAAAGGAGACUUCGAAUUAAAACUCGCUUAAGGAGAAUGAGAAUAAAAGCCAGAAGAGCUCAGUUAAGGAGAAUGAGAAUAAAAGCCAAAAAAGCGCACUUAAUGAGAUUAAGGAGAAUAAAAACUAAAGCUAGAAGAGCCCGCUUAAAAAAUCACAAGAAGAUGAGGAGAGCUAAAAAAAGGAGACUUCAAUAUAAAACUCGCUUAAGGAGAAUGAGAAUAAAAGCCAGAAAAGCUCACUUAAGGAGAUUGAGAAUAAAAGCCAAAAAAGCUCGCUUAAUGAGAUUAAAGAAAAUGAAAAUUAAAGCUAAAAGAGCCCGCUUAAAAAAUCACAAGAAGAUGAGGAGAGCUAAAAAAAGGAGACUUCAAGAUAAAACUCGCUUAAGUAGAAUGAGAAUAAAAGCCAGAAGAGCUCAGUUAAGGAGAAUAAAAGCCAAAAAAGCGCACUUAAUGAGAUUAAAGAAAAUGAAAAUUAAAGCUAGAAGAGCCCGCUUAAAAAAUCACAAGAAGAUGAGAAGAGCUAAAAAAAUGAGACUUCGAAAGAAAGCUCGCUUAAGGAGAAUGAGAAUAAAAGCCAGAAGAGCUCAGUUAAGGAGAGCUGAAAAAGUGAGACUUCGAAAUAAUGCUCGCUUAAGAAGAAUGAGAAUAAAAGCCGAAAAAGCUCGCUUAAUGAGAUUAAGGAGAAUGAGAAUAAAAGCCAGAAGAGCUCAGUUAAGGAGAAUGAGAAUAAAAGCCAAAAAUGCUCGCUUAAUGAGAUUAAGGAAAAUGAAAAUGAAAGCUAAAAGAGCAGGCAUAAAAUAUCGCAAGAAGGUGAGGAAAGCUAAAAAAAGGAGACUUCGAAAUAAUGCUCGCUUAAGGAGAAUGAGAAUAAGAGCCAGAAGAGCUCAGUUAAGGAGAAUGAGACUAAAAGCCAAAAAAGCUGGCUUAAUGAGAUUAAGGAAAAUGAAAAUUAAAGCUAGAAGAGCCCGCUUAAAAAAUCACAAGAAGAUGAGGAGUGCUAAAAAAAUGAGACUUCGAAAUAAAGCUCGCUUAAUGAGGACGAGAAUAAAAGCAAAAAAAACUCUUUUAAAAAAUAGAUUAAGGAGAAUGAAAAUGAAAGCUAAAAGGGCCCGCUUAAAAUUUCAGAAGUUGAGGAAAGCUAAAAAAAUGAGACUCCAAAAUAAAGCUCGCUUAAGGAGAAUGAGAAUAAAAGCCAGAAAAGCUCGCUUAAUGAGGACAAGAAUAAAAGCUCGAUUACUGAGGAAGAGAAUCAAAGCCAAGGGCAGAAAUAGGAAAAUAAAGAAGAAGGCUCACUUAAGGAGAAUGCAAAAAAAAGCUAGAAGAGCUAAAUUAAGGAGAAGGAGGAAAGGGAAGGGCAGAAGGAGAAUAAGGAAUAAAGCUCGCUUAAAGAGAAUGAGAAAGAAAGCUAGAAGAGUUCGCUUAAGGAGAAAUCCCAGCAGACAGGGUAGGAGAGGCAGAAAAUUGAGGAUUAGGAAUAAGACCAGAAGCGCUCACUUUAGGAGGUGGCUCAGGAACAGGUUUAGGAGAGCUCGAGCAUCUUAUUUUGGGAGGAAUAGGCAUAGAAUAGCCAUCAAUAUAGCCAUCAAUAGAAGAAGGAAUAAACAGAGAAAAAGUAGGAGAAGUAGGAAAAAGAGAUCUUUUACAUUAAAGGAACCCAAAAGUUACCAGAGUUUAAGUCCUGAAGAUAGGAAAAAACGUAAUGUUUUCAAUCACUCUGUUGAAGUUCUCAAACACUCUCUCAAACACUCUCUUGACGUUUUCAAUCACUCUGUUGAAAGAGAUGAAACAACUUGCCCAGAAAGUUACACUCUUUCAACAAAAGGGCAUUUCUGUUUUCUUACUUCUACUGUGAAGAUGCCAAUUAGUUCAGGAGAAUAUUAUUGUGAACAACACAAAGGAAGAUUGGUUACCAUUGAAAAUGAAGGCAAACAAACUGCUGUCCAGACAUUCUUAAAACGGAACCAUUAUGAUGAUGAGAUGAUACUGAUAUCAGGUAUUUCAAAUUUCGAGGCUUCAGCUUGGUGGGACACUAAUCUUGAACCAGUCGCUCGAUACAACAAAUUUGUGACUGGUGAAAUCCCAUGGGAAGAUUCUUGUGUCAUGUUCCAAACAUCAACUGGGAAAUGGUACAGUCAGAAGUGUAAAACUAAAUCUAGAAAAAAGAAAUUAUACCGUGUGAUUUGUGAGCCUAAUCAAACAACAAAUCAAACAACAAAUGUCCCCAAUAAACGAAGUAUCGACAAGAUGUCAACCCGACACAGAGUACAUCAUCAGCACAAGAAAAGUGGUAGCCACAGCCAACUGCUUCCAAAUGGAAUGUUCCAACCAAUGAACUUAUUUAAACGAAGAUCACUAAAUGGUUUUAAUAGGUUAUGGACAUUCCUUACAUCAAGGGCUAUGUCCUAAUGAUAUAUGAUCAUUUUUUGUUGUACAAUUUGCAUUUACAUGUAUACAAAUGUUAUCAUAUACUUUUUUCAUGUAUGGUAAAAUGUUAAAAACCUUUUUAGAGUACUGAAUUAAGUGAUUUCUCUGGUAGAUCUGUGAUAAAAAUAUAUAUUUUUUUUUUAUUUAUUUUUUUUUUUUUCCUUUUUUUUUUAAAUUUUGUUUUCUAAAUGUUUUUAUUUGGAGAUUACUUUUGUGUCUGUGAUAAAAGUUUUUUAACAAGAUGUCUGUGAUAAACUUGUGUGAAUGAUAUGUUCACAAUAAAUUGUGAUUAAAGAAAUCUAGAUGAUCCUAAACGGCCUUUACUUAGAUUUUAGCCUAUAUCUAGAUUUUACUAUAAGCCUUGGGCUUUUGAUGAAUAUAAGUUUCCCCUUAGGGCUGUUAUUUACAAAAGACUGUGAUAUACUUAGUUGAAAAUAUAUUUAUACAUAUUGUUCAUGUAAUUAUAUUUAUACAAAAAUAACCUGAGUUACAUGCAAAAAAAAUAUAUUAACCUGAAAUAUUUUAUCAUUAAUUUAUUAACACCAUUCAUGCUUUGAUGGGGUGAUGGGGAUUGCUUUUAUAGUUUAUGCAAGUGAGCACACUUAGAUCUACUUUUUUCCCCUUUCUUGUCUCAUAAAAUAAAGCACAUGAUUUUACAAACCAUUGCUUUGAAACUUUAAUAUUGAAAUUUAAUGACUCUCAAUUUUGGCAAGUUUCUUUAUUUUUAUUAUUCAGGGAGACCCACUUAGAAAAAUGUUACCUAUUUUAUGAAAACAUCAUUGUCAGAAAUAUGUUAACUUGUGUAGUGUCAAAUGUUAAAAAAUGGAGAAAGAAAUUGAAUAUACAUUUUAUAUGUUAUUUAGCUAGUAAUUACAUGAGGUUUUUCAGAUAUAAUUUGAUUGGCUGAAUUAUGACAUGUACAUGUAUGUCAAGUUUCAAAUAGAGCAAUUUUGAUUGUACCAUUAUUCAAUUCUGUAUUGUAAUUCUGAAUUAUUUAUAUUAAAUAUAAAUUAUUGGCAUAUCAAUUGUAAUCAUAAGUAAGUAAUUAUUGUUUUAAACUCCAAUUAACAUGAUUACUGUAAUAUACUUAAUUAAUUACAUAAACAUCUAAUUUAAGGUAGUCUUACUAUAAUGCUUUUCCGCCAAUAUAUUCCAACAUCGGCCAAUAUCAUGGUGAAUCGGUUAUUUCUGGAAUGUUAUUUUUGGGCAUUAGAUUAUUUACAGUCACAAAUCAUUUAUUGCUAUGUACUAGACUCCCGUUACAAACAGUUAAAAAUCAUUGAAUACCGAUGAUUAUGAAAAAUAACGUUUCGGAAAUAACUCAUUCAUUACGUUAUUGGCCAAUUUUAGAAAGACUACCGUAAUACAUGUUUUAAAUUCAUAUAUUAUUUAUUUAUAUUGUAAUGUGAUGUUUUUGGUUUCUAUAUCUUGAUAAUGCUGGAUGAAUUUUAUAUUCCAAGAAGAUAAUCUCCAAUUUUUUAUUUUUAGAUAUUAUAAUGUUAUGAUUAUUAUGCAUGUACAUUAAUUAAUGUGAAAGUAAAGAUUUAAAUAUAAAAAGGAACAAUUGUUAUUGUUGUGAAUUUUUUUCUAAAAUUAAAGGCACUCCACUGAGGUUCAUUGACAUGACAACACUAAAAUAAUUUUUUUCAAGAUUUGUGUACUGGGCGCGGAGCAAUAACUUGUUUGUAAGAUCUCAAAUCGUUGAAGGGAGACACAGGCAAAAUUUUUAUUUCUUUAUUUUGAUUUUUUCAUUCAUUAUUCUGUAAAUGUCCUCAAAAUAAAUGUACAAGGCAGUCAUAUAAGAACAAAACUUUUCUCCUUAUAAAGAAUAAAAUGGUGGUUUCCAAACUUGACCCACAUAGGUCCGGUUAGAGCGUUAUGAUUUCACAAUAGUUGUCACAGUGAACUCUGGAAACAUUAAAGAUCAUGUCAAAUGAAUGGCUUAGACUUGUUUCAAUCAUAUAAUAUCCACAAUAUCUGUUAUUGUAACUUCCAGGGUUUUUUCAAGUCACAGGGCUAGUUUUAAAAAUACUCUGUGAUUCUGUCGGCAUCUAAAUUUUGUUCAAUAUAUCUAGAUGUAUUUACGCUUCAAACUGAAAAUAUGUAGAAUUUAUACAUUAUAAGUUUGAAUAUAGAAAUCAACUCCAGUUUCAAUUUAAAAAUGUAAUUAUUUUAUUUGAAAAAUAUACAGAAUAUAUAUAUAUAGAAUUUAUACAGAAAUUCAUGCUGGGACUUCAAAAAAUGUCAUUUUAGCGUAAUAUGAGUACAUUAAAUCAUUUAGAUUUUUUUGUCAUUUAUUUGCCUGUCAGAGUAUCCCUUUAACCAUAAUGAUAAUUUAAAUCAUGCAAAAUGAUCAAAAACUGAAAAACGAUUAAACUCUCAACUCGAGUGCAGCAAAGAAUCACACAAAUAUUCAAUUUAAUUCUGUGUAAAUUUUUUCAUUAUAUGACUGUAUUUUGCAUAACUUAAGGUUUUUAUGAUUCAUACCUCAAUUGAGCUCUUUAAAGACACCUUAGCUGAUGAUGUAUUAUAUUACCAUGUAUGUACAUUAUGCCAAAAUAAAUCUUUUUUUCAAAUUUAAA